AUGGAAGAUAUAAUAAUUCCUAUGUCAAAUCAAAAUACUUCAAAUAAUUCUCCAUGGGUAUCUUCAAUAAAUACUUCAAGUUCAAAUACAGUAGAACAAACACCAAAUUUGAAGGCAGAUGAAAACUUGGAAUUAAUAGGUAAGAAGUUAGACGCAAUCAAUAAGACUAUAAAGGAUAUACGCGAUACUGCUCAUAUUGCAAGAAAUAAAUUUACAAGAGUCAAGGAAGAAAGAAUCAGCAGAUUCAUGAAAUGUUUUGACCAACUUACUUGUCAUACAGAUUACAUUUAUAAAUAUUUACUUAAUAAUAUGUCCGCUCAAGCUACUCUUGUUCCAUAUAAUCCAGAAGAACCAUAUUUAGAUGAUAUAAAUUACAGUUGCAUUGUACCAGGAAAACGUUUUCAUUUCUUAUCAAGUCUUUCAGGUGGUGAACAAGUACUUGCUAUUUUAACUUUACUAUUUGCAAUACACAGAUAUGAAACUGCACCAUUUAUUAUCUUGGAUGAAAUAGAUGCAGCUUUGGAUAAAAUUAAUGUAGUAAAUGUUGUUAAUUUUAUUCGAUCCAAUCUUGAUUUAAUGCACUUCAUAACAAUAUCUUUAAAAAAAGAAUUAUUUGUUCAUGCUGAUGGUUUUAUUGGAGUCACUACUAGAAUUUGUUGA